GAUGAGAUUAUUAAAACAUUAUAUUAAUAGCAAUAAUCUCUUUCAGAAUGAAGUCGCCGCUGCCUUAGCAGAAUCGGACAUACCAAUUUUCGCAUGGCGUGGUGAAACCGAAGAAGAUUUCUGGUGGUGCAUUGAUCGUUGUGUGAAUGCUGAAAGUUGGCAACCAAAUAUGAUACUUGAUGACGGAGGUGAUGCUACCCAUUUGAUGCUUAAAAAAUAUCCAGCAAUGUUUAAACUUGUCAAGGGUAUUGUGGAGGAGAGUGUAACAGGUGUACAUCGUCUGUAUCAAUUGUCGAAAGCUGGCAAAUUGACUGUGCCUGCAAUGAAUGUGAAUGAUUCUGUAACAAAAACCAAAUUCGAUAAUCUUUAUAGUUGCAAAGAAUCUAUAUUGGACAGCUUAAAACGUUCAACCGAUGUUAUGUUUGGCGGCAAACAGGUUGUUGUAUGCGGGUACGGUGAUGUUGGCAAAGGUUGUGCACAAGCUUUAAAAGGACAAGGUUGUAUAGUGUAUAUAACAGAAAUCGAUCCAAUAUGUGCACUACAAGCAAGUAUGGAUGGUUUCCGUGUUGUGAAAUUGAAUGAAGUAAUACGUAAUGUGGAUAUUGUGGUCACAGCAACAGGCAAUAAAAAUGUAGUUGUACGUGAACAUAUGGAUAAAAUGAAGAGUGGCUGUAUUAUAUGCAAUAUGGGACAUUCAAAUACCGAAAUUGAUGUGAACGGUUUGCGUACACCCGACUUAACAUGGGAAAAAGUACGUUCACAAGUUGAUCAUAUUAUAUGGCCAGAAGGUAAGUAUAUUAUUUUACUGGCUGAGGGACGUUUGGUCAAUUUGUCGUGCUCCAGCAUACCAUCAUUUGCUGUGUCAAUUACUUCCGCUACACAAGCUUUAGCUUUAAUAGAACUUUUCAAUGCACCUCCUGGCCGUUACAAAUCAGACGUUUAUUUGUUACCGAAAAAAAUGGAUGAGUAUGUGGCAAGCUUACAUUUGCCCACAUUUGACGCACACUUAACUGAGCUCAGUGACGAGCAGGCAAAAUAUAUGGGCCUUAAUAAAGCAGGUCCUUUUAAGCCCAACUAUUAUAGAUACUAAGCGGUAGAUGUGUGCGUAUACUGCCAACGAAAGUAUUGCUAAUGCUUCAGUGACGAAGAAAAGCUACAAUAAUUAUUUAUAAAAGGAGCCUGAGAAUUGAAUCUGAAUUAAUAGAGAUAACUGUUACUAUAUAUUCCAUAUAAUGCCAUCCAAAACAUCUAUUUAUAUAUCCCACCAAGUUUCAA